GGUGACGUCACGAAGCAAAACAAAUUUGGACACGGGAGACUAGCUUGUUUCGGAGUCGAUAAAUUGUCCUAUUUCUCACUGUAUGGUUUGUAUUGCCUGAAAAAUACAAACCAUAGAUAUCAGUUUAGACAUACUGGCAUCGUCCUCCGAGUCCGAAGACGGUGGUGUUUCGCCUCCACCGCCCAAAAAGCAACGACUGUCAGCCUCAAUGAUCAUGCAGGCAAAUGGCUGCCCUCAGCACAAUGGAGAGACGGAGGAGUCAGCUACCACUUCACAACAAAAUGGGGCCUGCUUAUCCACUACAAAUGGAAAUAUGCAGAGAUCUGAUGAAAAUCACACCAUUAUGAAAUCAAUGUCUCGAACGGAACAAGAUAUUGUGAGAUUAAUUGGCCAACAUUUGCGUGGACUGGGCCUCAAUCGCACUGUAGAACAAUUAAUAGCCGAGUCUGGUUGUAUGUUGGAGCAUUCUUCUGCUGCUAAAUUUAGAGCACAUAUUAUGGAUGGAGAUUGGGAAAAGGCUGAUCAGGACUUGAAUGAACUGAAAGAUAUGGUUGAAUGUCCUCAAGGAACUCUAAAAAUGAAAUUUUUGUUGCUAGAACAGAAAUAUUUAGAAUAUUUAGAAGUGGGUAGAGAAAUGGAUGCUUUACAUUGUUUAAGGCAUGAAUUAACACCUUUAAAAUACAAUACCGAAAGGGUUCAUGUACUUAGUUCAUAUAUGAUGUGCAGCAAUGCUAAUGACCUCAGAGAAAUGUCUGAAUGGUCUGGUAAAGGCCACGAAUCCAGACAGAAAUUAGUGGAAAAACUUCAAACCUUCCUUCCUCCAACUGUGAUGUUACCACCAAGUCGUCUGCUCACAUUAUUAAGUCAAGCAGUAGAAAUGCAGAAAGACAAAUGUCCAUUCCACAAUACUAAAAUGGAUAAAAAUCUCGAUGCUUUCUCUUUAUUACUAGAUCAUAUAUGCACAAAAGAUCAAUUUCCCUGUCACACAACUCAGAUAAUAAAUGACCAUUGCGAUGAGGUGUGGUUCUGUAGAUUUUCUCCAGAUGGCAAUAAACUAGCUACUGGUUCCAAAGAUGGAACAAUGGUUAUAUGGGAUGUUGAUUUUGAAACUUUCGAAUUACGACAUAGGAAAUCCUGUGAGAAUAAUACUUAUGGAGUGGCAUUUUUAGCCUGGAGUCCUGACAGUUCUCAUAUAUUAGCCUGUGGUCCAGAUGACUGUUCAGAAGUAUUACUGUGGAAUAUUGAUACAGGAGAAUUACGACAGAAAAUAACACAAUCAUCAGAUGAUAGUUUAACAAGUGCAGCUUGGCAUACUGAUGGUAAAAAAUUUGUCACAGGUGGAACCAGAGGCCAGUUUUAUAUAUGUGAUAUAGAUGGUACGAUGUUAGAUAAUUGGGAAGGUGUACGAGUACAGUGUUUAGCUUGUCAAAAUGACACUAAAUUAUUUCUAGCUGCUGAUACACAUCACAGGAUCAGAGCAUAUAACUUUGAUGAUCAACAUGAUUAUAAUAUACUUCAGGAGGACCAUCCCAUCAUGUCUUUCACUGUCAAUGAUACUGGCAGAUUAGCUUUAGUUAAUGUAGCGACUCAGGGUGUACAUUUAUGGGAUUUAAAAGAUAAAGUGUUAUUACGGAAAUUUCAAGGGGUUACACAAGGUUUUUAUACCAUAUAUUCCUGUUUUGGAGGUUUAAAUCAAGAUUUUGUAGCAAGUGGUAGUGAAGACAACAAAGUUUAUAUAUGGCAUAGUAAAAAAGAAGCUCCAGUGGCCACAUUAGAAGGUCACAGUCGAACAGUUAAUUGUGUUCACUGGAAUCCCAAGUUACCAAGUAUGAUAGCCAGUGCCUCUGAUGAUGGUACAGUUAGAAUAUGGGGGCCCUUAGAUAAAGGUAAUGGUAAUGAAUCUGGUCGUAGUACACCUGUAUGACAUAUAGUGAAUGUUUAAAUAUUCAUUAUAUAAACUCUACUGUACCAUAUUACAUUAUAAACUCUUAUGGUACCCUAUAAACUAGAUCUCAACAAAAGAGACUAAGUAAAGCUAGCGGCCCCACCUUGUGGCUGGUAAAGACAGAUUUUUCUGUUUUUCCACAAGGUGUAAAAUGAAAGUAGAAGAAAGAGAUAGAAAGAGAAUUUAAUAUAAUUGAAUGAAAUCGUUUGUGUCUGUAACUAAACAUGAAGAAAGAUAUAAAUAUUGUGCCGUCUACUUGAAGUGAACCUUAUUUAUGGAAAGAUAAACAACAGUUUGUCAGUUACUAGUAGUUGAUUGAUCAGGAUAUAGAUAUUAAAGUAGCAGGACCACUUUAAAAACAACAUACAAAAAACCCCAUUUCUAUAAACUACAUAUUAUAUUUUAUUGUUGUUGAUAAACUUUGAAAAUAAGUCUUGUGUGUGUCUUUUAUCAGGGGUCUCGGAUACAUUAGACUCUUAAUGCUGGUUAAAAGCAACAUGAAUCAGUAAGCACAUGUUGUGAAAGUUGAAUAUUUAGAUACAACUCCAUGAAGUCAUUUGCAAAUUUACUACGAGGGUAUUUUUGAUAUUAAUAAAUCUUAUAUGAUUCUACUUCGAUUGUAUUUAGUCUUAUACAUUAAGUAUGAAUUUAAUUGCAUACCAUGCUUUGUAGAUAUAGAAAAAUAAUUAUUUCAUGUGUAUGGAUACUGAAAUUAAAUUUACCGAACUAUAUAUGUCAGUAUAUAUACAGGUCACAAUUCUAUGGAAUACAAUUACUGUUUAUUACUGAGUGACUUUUUGACUAGGCUACUCUCCAGUAUUCUAUAAAAUUGUGAUCUGUGUAUUUCUGGUUUAAGUACCAAAUGCCAUUGAAACAAUUCAUAUAUGUUAGGAAAAGAAUAAAUUGUCACCAUAUUAGUGUCUGUAGUUAAGCUGCUUACAUUCUGUUGAUGUUUCUCUACCUCAAUAUUGUUUGGUUCUGUUUUCUGCCUCUUUUAAAUUGUCAAGUGUUCAUAGUACUUCUGCCUAUUUGCCCUUGAUUGUUAUCGAGCAGCAUAGGAACUGUUUUCAAUUUACAAAAUGAAGUCUUGUCACUGAAAUAAGACCAUACAUUUCCUUGACAGUGUAUGGCUGUUGUCUGCAAUACUUGCGGUUGUCAUUUAACAAUUUAGUUCUUAUUUUUGUUAUUGUUAGCUUACUAAUCACUUUCAGUUCAUGUUGUUUAUUUAUUAUUUAGGUCAUAAGAAAUAAGAUAUUUUCAGUUUGGACUAAAUGACCUAAUUAACCUCAGUGAACAUAUCUUUAAGAUUAUAUUAAGUGUAUGCUUAUCACUAACUACAUCGACAUGUAUAUUAAUAAUGUGUUUCAACAUGGCAGAAAAUAAUACAUGAUAUGCCAUAUAAAGCAGGGCUCUCAUUUCAGUCAUAUUUAGCCAUCUUGACUGAUUGUGAAAGACUGUUGAUCAAUUAGAAUUUCCAAAGAAGAAAUUUUAAUUUAUAGGUUGUAUGUGUAAAAACACUUUAAAAUAUAUAUUAUUAAAUUGGGAUAAUGCUAAAAAUUAUCAUGUUUUUUGGGACAAAAAUCUUGUUAAUCUGAAAUGAACAAAUUCAUCAAAAUUUGACCGAAGUAUAAAUAGGAUAAGGGAUACACAAAAAGCAUAAAGAAUUUAAAAAAAGACGAUAUAAAUAGUUUGUGAGCUAUUUUAGGACUGUUUGGAAAUGUUAAAUAAUGGUGGUUUAAUAUCAAAUCAAGGCAAAAACACUCUGUUGUACUAUGCACACUGGAUAAGUGUGAAAUAUGUAUUCUGCUUUGCUGUCAUUCUCUGAAACCCAUCUUUUCCAACCACAACAUGUCAAGUGAUUUUGUUUAUUUAGGUACUGAGGUAUAUGUGGUAAUUUUGUUAGUGAAAUAAUUACAGCAUCUUACAUAUUUCUAUUUUGAAACAACCCUCAGUAGCAAGAAAAUAAAACAAAAUCCAUAUGGCACACCGCAGUCAAGUGGUAAAUGAGAUAUGUUGGGUUUCCUAGAAUGCUUUACUAUUAUGUCUCUUAUAGAAACUUUACUGAGAUAUUUAUUAAAACAAAUCUUUAUUGGUGUUCAAAGGUUUUUGAAUUCAGGUUAUUAAUAAAUAUAGGGUGUAUUUGUUUUACUGCCAAUGGCUAGACUUUUUAUUGUUCAGAUUCAGAUUGUUCAAAUCAUGAAAUGUUGCUAAAAACUAUGAAUAAACAUCAUUUACUACACGUGUUGAUACAAUCAAAUUACAGAUCAUAUAGAUUUUAUUCAAAAAACAUUUAACCCUUCGAUAACCCACUUGAUAUUCCUAUUUCAUACAUAAACAUUAUGUUCUUUUAGAAUUUAUCCAUUGUUAACUUUGCAAAGCAUUUAACCCUAACUUCACAAACCCUAUAAACCAGCAACUCAUUUGUCCAGCAUAUUAAUAGAAUCAGUAAGUACAGUGUGUAUCUAAUAAUUAAUAUUACAUGCAUGCUUAUGUGUUAAGUUUUGUAAAAUAUGGUUUUAUGUGUGUUACAUCCUAAUUAUGUAAAUAAAUACUAUAUAUUAUAUAUAAUUAUCCAUAUUAUUUCUUAUGAAUUAUACAGGAUAUGUAGUUAAUUAUGUGACUUAUUUUUUCUCAUUUGUAUUUUGAGUGAUUGUUUUAUAUACUUGCUUUAGUGAUUGUUUUUUUUCCGAUGAAGCAGCCAAUCGCUAAAGGGAAGGUCAGCCUAUUUUUUUUUUGGUUUGGAUCUACAAACUUUUAUUUAACUAAAUUAUAAUUAUAUAACCUUAUUUAUUGUCCCCCGACUUUCGAAGAAAGCAGGGGACUAUUGAAAUGGGCUCGUCCGUCUGUCCGUCCAUCUGUCACACUUUUUGGGACACAAGUAACCCUCCUUCUAAUUGAGCAACAAUGUUUACACAUGGUGUAGAAAUUUGAUUGGUCGAGACUUUGAAACACAAUAACUCUCCUUCUAAUUGAGGUAGAAUGUUCAAACUUAGUGUAGGCAUUAUUAGGUGAAUGCCUUGAUGGAGUUCAAUGAUGAAAAUUGUCUGCUUAAGGUAAGCAGUGAUAAGCAAUUUGAUUGGCUGAUGCUUUUAGGCACGAUAACUUUGGUUAUAAUUAAAUGAGAGCUAUGAAACUCUGAAUAUAGAUUCAUUAUAUCAUUACCUUGACUAAGUUUGAUCAGAAUUUUCUGCUUAGGCUAAGGAGCGAUAAGGAAUUUGAUUGGUCAAGACUUUGCAACAUAACAACUCUGCCUUUAAUUGAGGUAGAAUGUUUAAACUUGAUGUUGAUGUUCAUUAGGUGAAUGUCUUGACUGAGUUCAAUGAUUAACAAAGCUAAGCAAUUUCUUUGACUUUGAUUCUGUCUGAUAGAGAGUGAUGAAACUUAGUGUAUAGUUGAUAAUCAGUUUGAUUGCUCGAUACUUUUGAAAAAGCUAAACGUGCAAUUAAUUAAUGUGUGGUCUAGUUAUUUCGGGAUUUCGACUGGGGACAUCAGCCUCACUGUUGGCUUGUUUGUCUUCCUUUUAUUAGUCUUGUUUUUCUUUUAAUUCAAAUCAUGAUGUAAUUUCUGGAGGAUUAAUUCAAGAAGAAAGCAAGGAAUUUGAAAUUCAGUUUCACCAAUAUCAAUUAAUUUUUGGCAAUUUACAAUUGUUCAGAAUAUUUCCUAUGUAGUUGUAAAAGAAAAAAAAAUGUGCCUUUUUUGUUGAAAACUUCUAAAACUAGUUUGCAAUAAACAAACAUUUAUCUUGCACUAGUCAGCAUAAUUGCAUAUAACAAGCAAGUAUUAGCUGUCUGGAUAAUCUCUUACACUGUGUAGUCAUGUGUUUUUCCACUGUCUGCCACUGGAAGCUGUAAAGCUGAGUAUACUAUUUGUGUCUUGAUUUAUCUCUUUAUAAAUGAAUUCUAAGUCUUUCAGUAUUUCUGUUUUAGUAUAUGUUGAAAUUAUUAUUUCUUUAUAAUUUAACAUUAAAUUUUGCUUUAUUUGAUAAUUUACUUUGUAGUGCUAAUAAAGCCACCAGUAGUUAUUUGCUUUGGCAAGUUUGUGUAAUUUUUUUAUGAAAGUAUUUUUUAGUCUAGUGUGGAACUCGAAUUUUCUCAGAUGAGUGAUUUGGAAUGGGUGUUUGUUACGAUUUCUGUACAUUCUUUUUUUUAAAACUACAAAUAAAGAGUCAAAUUUUAAUUAUGCAUCAUUUUGAGUAUGCUUCAAGCAUAUAUUGAUUUGAUUAUUGCUCCAUCAAUUAACUGUUUUAAGAAAACAUACACAUGCAUAAAUUGUCACAUCGUCAACUGAUAAAUCAUGGUUUGUUAAUAAUCUUCAUGUCUUUUCAAAUAAAUAUCUAUGAAUAUA